AGCCAGACACGGUGCCGGCACACAGCACGCAAAAAAAGGGAAACCCCUCAACCCCCUGUAACCCUACCCUGUAUAAAACCCGAUGCAGCGAUAGGGCUUCCCCCACCUCCAUCGCCGCCGAAAUCCCAUUGCCUCUCCUUCUCUCGACACACCCAAGCUCUCAAGUUUACUUCUGCGGCGGCGGCGAUGGAGGAGGUCACGGAGGCCGUGAACAACCUGAGCAUCUCGGGAGGACCGGCGGCGGCCGGAGGAGGCGCGGAGGGGCACAAGAAGAACCGCAUCCAGGUCUCCAACACCAAGAAGCCCCUCUUCUUCUACGUCAACCUCGCCAAGAGGUACAUGCAGCUACACAACGAAGUGGAGCUCUCGGCCCUCGGCAUGGCCAUUGCAACUGUGGUGACUGUAGCUGAAAUUCUGAAAAAUAAUGGUCUUGCUGUCGAGAAGAAGAUCAUGACAUCUACUGUUGAUGUCCGAGACGAUACUAGGAGCCGCCCUAUCCAGAAGGCCAAGAUUGAAAUAAUGCUCGGCAAGACAGAGAAAUUUGAUGAACUGAUGGCAGCGGCUGCAGAAGAGAGGGAGGCUGCCGAGGCCGAGGAGCAAAGCUAAAUAGCUGGGAGGUACCUGUUGUAGCUUAUUUUACUGUUCUUCAGCUAGACGCGUUGUGUUUUAAUUUGUUGAGUCGGCAAGGGACAAGUGUUUGUAUAAUCAGUUAAGGGCGCAGCUUAUUUAGUGUGCUUUGGUAACUUGUGUUCAUGAGAUUUAUGCGUAUGUACUCUUGAUUCGUCUCGAUAAUUUCCAUUUAAAAGAUAUCCUGUUGUUUCUA